CUAGCAUUUCCUUAGCAUUUCUCUUUUCGUUUUGCCUUCCAAAAACAAAAACUCUUUCUUCUUGCCCAAUAUUCUACCUCCUCACACCAUGAAAGCUUCUUCUUUCUUCACGCCAGAAAAAAUCUGAUUAACUUUAGAUUUCUGAGGGGAUCCGAAUCCGUCCUCUAAGGAGAGAAGAUAUUUGUUAUCAAAUGGUUUCGACGAUAUUCAGCCACUGUUCGUCCUCCACGACGGCCCGGCUCCUCCCCAUGAGCCGCCAACACGGCGUCGUUUAUCUUCGCCGGUUAGCAGUAGGACCUCUCCAUGUGGGACCCCCUAGCCGCUGCUCUCCGAGCACGAGAACCCUCACUCUUCACUCCUCUACCUCACCAUCUCCAGUCCUCGCCGCAUCAAUGGCUACUGAGGCAUCUGCUAAAGUGAUUGAUGGAAAAUCAGUUGCAAAGCAAAUUAGAGAUGAGACAACUGCUGAAGUAUGUAGAAUGAAGGAUGCAAUAGGUGUUAUUCCUGGAUUAGCGGUUAUUCUUGUUGGGGAUAGGAAGGACUCUGCAACUUAUGUACGCAACAAGAAAAAAGCUUGCGACUCAGUGGGGAUUAAUUCUUUUGAGGUGCGUUUGCCCGAGGAUUCCACAGAGCAAGAAGUUCUCAAGUUUAUCUCAGACUUCAAUGAUGAUCCUUCAGUUCAUGGGAUCCUUGUUCAGUUACCUCUGCCUUCUCAUAUGAAUGAGCAGAACAUCUUAAAUGCUGUUAGCCUUGAGAAAGAUGUGGAUGGAUUUCACCCGCUGAACAUUGGCCGUCUAGCCAUGCGGGGUAGGGAACCCUUGUUUGUUCCAUGCACGCCAAAGGGAUGCAUAGAAUUGUUGCACAGAUAUGGCAUUGGUAUCAAAGGCAAGAGGGCAGUUGUAAUUGGCCGGAGCAAUAUUGUUGGAAUGCCAGCUGCUCUAUUGCUACAAAGGGAAGAUGCUACCGUCAGUAUUGUCCAUUCAAGAACCAAGAACCCUGAGGAGCUCACAAGACAAGCAGAUAUUAUUAUUUCAGCUGUGGGCCAGCCAAAUAUGGUUAGGGGCAGCUGGAUAAAGCCUGGUGCAGUAAUUAUUGAUGUUGGGAUUAAUCCAGUUGAGGAUACACAGAGCCCUCGAGGUUACCGUUUGGUUGGAGAUGUCUGUUAUGAGGAGGCCUGCAAGAUUGCUUCAGCUAUUACUCCAGUUCCUGGUGGAGUGGGUCCAAUGACAAUAGCAAUGCUUCUCUCAAAUACUCUCAUCUCAGCCAAGAGGAUCCACAACUUCCAGUGAAAAACCUUCCUCAGCAUUGGUUCACAUUUUUGAAAUGAGCUAUACAAGUCUCUAGAUGAAGUUGAAAGGCGUCCUCCCCACGCAAGCACUGGUUUUCUGUGAGGCUUGGGAGUUCUUAAACGUGGUAAUUAAGUUAAUUAAUUGCAUCCGAAGCAAAAAUUGGCAAAAGCGGCUAUCAUCUACUCUUAAACAGGAGGGAAUGGAACUGUCUGCCACAUUUGAUCUUUCUGUAAUUGGUUCGACUCUGGAACCAACUAAAAGUUAUAUGCUAUUUUCGGAUGCUUAAAUUUUGAGUGAGAGUUUUGUGAGGCGAAUGUUGAUGAUCAUUUCACUUUC